AUGUUGCCUGUGCUGCUAUGCGUUCUGCUCGGCUAUGCACUCGCCUGUUUCAAGGCACCAUUUGACCGCAAACUCUUCGGUUCGCUUGUCUCGAAUGUCGGCUAUCCCGCGCUGAUCCUGUCUCAUCUGGCGAAGGAACAUAUUCAGCUUGAGACUUUUCUAACCGUUCUGGCGGCAGCAGUGGGCAUGAUUGCGAUCUUCGGUGUCAUUGGCUUGAUCGUGAUGAAAUUGUUGCGCAUCCCGCUCAGGGCCUAUCUGCCGCCGAUGAUGCUGUCGAAUGUCGGCAAUAUCGGCCUGCCGGUUUCAACGCUCGCUUUCGGCCCGGAAGGUGCUGCCGUUGCGAUCGGUUUCAUCGUUGUCGUACUGACCGCAAUUUUCACCAUCGGUAUCGCGAUACCGAUGGGACGUCCCGAUUUCAGGGCACUUGUGCGCCAGCCCGUUAUCUAUGCGGUCAUCUUCGCCCUGGUCUUGCUUGCAACCGAAUGGAAAAUUCCGGAGCCCGUGGACCAGAGUCUCGAAAUUCUGGGGGGGCUUGCCAUUCCGAUCAUGUUGCUGACGCUCGGACACAGCCUCGAGACAUUGAAGUUCGGUGGCGUCACGCGCGCCGUGAUCCUAUCAGUCACCCAUAUCGGGGUUUCGGCAAUCGCAGCCCUCGCGAUUACGCAGGUUCUGACCCUGGAUGCCACAAUUGAAAGCGUGAUCAUACUGUUGUGUUUCAUGCCCCCGUCGGUCGCAACCUACCUGGCCAUCUCACAACAUCAGCCUGAUGAGGCCGAUGGCGUUGCCGGGUUCAUUUUCGUGUCCACCUGUCUGACACUUGUGACCCUGCCGAUCGUUCUGACCUAUUGGGCAACCGGUUAG